UUAACAAUUGAAAUUUUCACGGAGGCGUAUUCUUCAGCUCUAGCUCAAGCCCGCGUUUCCUACAUUCUCCAAACAUGCCUCGCGGUGGUUCUGGUGGUGAGCUCUCUCGACCUCGCCAAGAUUUAGCAUUUAUGCGAAGAGCAGGUCGUUCAGCUCCACCACGAGCUCGUAAACCCCCUCAGCCAGUUUAUCAUCCUCCUCCUCCAGCUCCUGUUCAAACUGGCGAUGAUAGAUCAUUCCUUGGUACCGUAUUUGAUGGCUUGGCUUUUGGAACUGGAGCUGAAGUGGCACACCGGGCUGUUGGUGCUGUAAUGGGGCCUCGUGCCGUUCGACAUGAAACAGUGGGCUCUCAGCCUGUUGCUGCUGCGGCUCCCGCACCAACUGAAAAUAGUCUCGGUGGUGAUGCUUGCAAUGUUCACUCAAAAUCUUUUCAGGAUUGCCUGAACAGCAACGGGAGUGACGUUAGCAAGUGCCAGUUUUACAUGGACAUGCUUGCAGAAUGCAGAAGGAACUCUGCUUCUGCAUUCGCUGCUUGAUCUUCUUCAUUGACUUUGAAUCAAAUCAGUUUCAAUAAAAAUUUAUUGCUCUUCUGCUUGCGGGUUCUCAUGGUGAUGUUAUUGGAAUUUUGAAUAAGAAUGCAUGUUCUAAAAUGUUUGCUACUUUAUGAACAAUUUUCAUUCUAGAGAUUUUGAUUUGGAUUCGAUGCUUUAUUUUCUAUCAGGAUUUCAAUAAAA